AUGGCCGUCCUUCCCCCGACCGUUCGCCCGCUGCAGCCUCCAGCCGAGUCUCAGAUCAAUUUCGGGGCGCAUAUUGAAGGUGUCGAUCUGGAGAACUUGACUGAUGAUCAAUUCGCCACCAUUCGCAGAGCACUCUACAGCCACCAGGUCGUGAUUUUCAAGAACCAACAGAAGUUAUCGCCCAAGGCGCAAUAUGAGCUGACCAAACGAUUCGAUCCCGCCUCGGACAACUAUGGCCAUGGCAAGACCCUCGAUGCCAAGCGCAGCAUCCUUCAUCCCGACCUAAAAACAGUACCCCAUCAGCCUCAGGUGCAAGUGAUUGGAAAUGGCUUCGUACCUUCAUAUGAGGGACUGGAGAAUGUGCAGCUCAAGCACCCUCACCACCGGACUUUCCAUAAAGACCAUAUCCCCGACGAGAAAGACUAUGAUUUCACCCGUUUCUACCGCUGGCACAUCGAUGCCGCUCUAUAUGACCUGUACCCGCCGCAGGUCACGACCCUGUUGGCUGUAAAUGUACCAAAGGGCCGCCGCCAGACACUGUUAUAUGACGAUGGGUCUGAUGAAACGUUGGAUGUCCCGCUUGGCACAACUGCGUUUGUGAGCGGCGAGCAGAUGUACGAGCGGCUCUCGCCCGAGGACCAGGAGUUUGUCCGCACAAGCAAGAUCGAAUAUGCGCCUCACCCGUACAUCUGGAUGAGUUCUGCUCACUCUCGCUCCACCGGGCUGGGCCUGCACUCCGAAGGCCUAGAGCUAUCCGAGUCAAACCUACCCCCGAUCGACGCGGAGAAGAUCAUGAUAUUCCCCAUGGUGUGGAAGAACCCGGUGACGGGUAAACUGGCUCUGCAAGUCCAUCCCUCCGCGAUCCGCCGCAUUCACCUCCGCGACGGAACCGUGAUCGAUGAUUUGGCGCGUGUCCGAGAGAUUGUGUACAAGUUGCAGCGACCUGGAAUCAGCCCCCAAUUCGUGUAUCCGCAUGACUGGGAAGAAGGCGAUCUGGUCUUGUUCCAUAACCGUGGCGUACUACACUCGGUUGUGGGUGCCUUCAAGCCUGAAGAGGUCCGGCUUUUCCGUCAGUGCAAUCUAGCUGCUUCGGAGCCGCCUAUGGGGCCUUGA